GGUAAUGCUAAUGCUGAGCAGCUUCCACAUUCCAGUUCAGGAUCGAUGAUGAGUUCAGCAAGAUCUUUGCGCACUAGUGAUGAACAAGCAGCUUCACAGAUACAAGUUCAAGCACACGCUUCAUCCCUUGAGGCCGCUGGUAACAUCAAUCACACCCUAGAACAUGCGAUCCAACCAUCCUCAACACCUGAUCAUCUAAGGAACAUCCAACGACUUGUCGAUCUCAGUCUCAGUGAGGCAGAGGAGAUUGCGUCAAGGAUUACAAGUAAUCCCAACCAACAGCAGCCUGUCAUUGGUGAAGGCGACACUGUAAGAGACAGUGCAAAUGCCCCUUCUGGAGCAGAGGUUCUCCCAGCAGAUGUUGUCAGAGACUCUGCAUCAGAUCAAGAGCAAGUUGGUGAAACUGCAGCAGGGGCACUUGCUUCCAUUCUUGACUUCCGCCAACCUCGAAAAGACAAGAAGGUUACAAAAAAAUUGAGAGGCUACCAGGUGGAAUUAGCUGACCCAGGACUCCAAGGUGUCAACUAUGUCAUCUGUGCUCCAACGGGGUCAGGAAAGACCAUCACCGCAGCUUACAUUUGCCACACAAAUAUGAUGAAAAUGAAGAAAGCUGGCAAAGAAGAUGACUUCAAAGCCAUCUUCAUUGUUCCUACAAGGCACUUGAAGAAGCAGCAGCGAGAUGGCUUCCAAGAUUUAUUCGUUCCAGGGCAGGUUACAUCUCUUGCGGAAGGGCAGAUGUUCCGUGAUGCCUUUGAGAAAGGCAAUGUAAGAGUCUUGAUGAUAACUUCCCAGGUGUUAGUGAAUGCCCUGACCCAGAAUGAAUUCAAGCUACCUGAAGUGUCUAUGCUGGUAUUUGAUGAAUGUCACCACACGACCUUGAACCACCCUUACAAUGAAAUCAUGCGACAUUACCUGAGGGAGAAGAAAGCUGUUCUAGUUCAGCAAGGAGUACCUGAAGAGCAGUGGCCUAUAGGACAGCCUGUAGGACGUCCCCAAGGAGGAAUACCCCAGGUGGUUGGGCUUACUGCAUCGGUUGGUACAGGCACCUCUGACGAUGCACAUGGUCACAUUGUUACACUAUGUGCAAACUUGGAUAGCUAUGGAGUCAUGAUUGUCAACAAGCCAGAAAGUGUGCAAGAAAUGAAGAAAUACAACAAGCCACCAGAACAGGAUCAAAUACUUGCACUCCCUAGGAGAGAGUUAACCCCAGAAAGUUCCCGCUUUAUUGAGAUCCUGGAAACCAUCAUGGAAGAGAUUGAGCAGAAAGUCCUAGCCAAGCACCAGGACGACCAUGAAGGCAUCACUUUCUCCUCCCCAACAUAUGGAACUCAAGUGUACGAGAACUGGAUUGCCAAGAUUCGUGCUGAUGCAGAGCUUCGCUUCCCCAACCUUGAAAUCUGUGCCAAUUAUCUGUUCCGUCUAAACCUAGCCCUACUGCUGUACGAGGACUUACGCGCCACGGACGCACUAGAGUCUAUGGAGAUCUUCAAGCUACAGACAAGGGGAAGACAGGAUGAAUUAAGGGAUGGGCGACACUGCAGGAUGAUCUAUGAGGAGAACUUGCAGGAGCUGAAGGAACUAGCAAGUAAGGAGAAUCCGUUGUCUAAUCCCAAGUUACUCUGUCUACAUGAGAUGAUCAAGAAGGUGUAUAGCAAGGAACCUAAAUCAAAAGGGAUCGUGCUAGCAAGGACCCGUUUUGCAACACAUGCCUUGCUGAAAUUCAUCAACGAGUGUGAUGAACUGAAGAAACUCAGACCUCCAAUUAAGCCAGUCCGAAUAGUUGGACAGAGCGGAGAUAUUGAUCAAGGACUAACGCUGGCAAGACAAGAAGCUGCGUUGAAUGACUUCAAAAGCGACCGAGCUAAUCUCCUUGUGGCCACUGAUAUCGUCCAGGAAGGUUUGGAUAUUCCUGCUUGCAAUGUAAUCAUCAGGUACAACUUUGUCAGCAAUGAGAUUGGAACGGUGCAAUCAAAGGGACGAGCAAGAAAAGAAGGUUCCAAAUGCUUCCUAAUCGUUGAGAGUGGAUCAAUUAACGAAGGAAGAGAACAUAAGAACAGAGAGAGGGUUGAGCAGAUGGAUAAAGCGAUUCGUGACGCAAACGACUUACAACCACACGAAUGGCAUCGGGAAGUUCGUCAGAGGCAGCUGACCAUCAUUAGGGAUAUUGAGGAGAAAGAAGAAAUGAAGAGAAUCCAGCAAAAGGAGAGCCAGCAAGUAGAUGUCAAGCUUCUGUGCAAUAAAUGUGAGCAAUUCAUCUGCAAAUCAUCUGACCUGGAGAGGAGACUAUCCAACUACACCUGUCUAGACCCCACUAUUGCUGAAAGGACACGCAAUGUUCGCACCGGCUGUAUAAUUUUUAGAGAGUCCAAAACAAUUGGCAUUGUAAAAUGCAGAUGUGGUAACCAGCUUGGACAAGCCUUGGAGUUCAAGCGUCUGCAUUUAUGGAAACCUGGAUAUAACCUGAGCCCAAAAAGCUUCUUCUUCAUGUACAAUGAUGACCCAAACAGCAAGCGAGUCUUUGCCAAGUGGAAGAAGGUGGAUUUUCCUAUUGCUUCCGAGGAGCAGUAAGCUAGGGGUUGAUCCUUAAAUUGGACACUCUUGCUAAGCCCAGGAAAAUGUUGUUGAUGUCGAGUUAAUAAGUCAUCGGACUUUAGAUCACAAGGUAUAGGGUUUGAUUCCCUCCCACAGACAGAUUUUAAUUGACGUCUACGAUUGCGACACUUUUCCGAGGUAAACUCAUUGUGUACCUGGUAGGAUGUAUUCCAUAAAUGCACCGAGAGCUACGGAUAUCGUAGCUAGAGCCGGGGUAAUAAUAUACAAAUAUUGACUGCUUUGAGGGGCAUGGUUAGAAUUAUUUCCCAAGGUGAUCUCAAAACUGUACUGAGACCUGAGAUGAUGUUGAGGGGCAUAGUACAGUCUUGAGAUCACAGAGGAGCUAUAAUUUAACCUUUGACCACAAAAUGAGCAGUCAAUAUUUGUUUUAUAUACUGCAUCCCAGUGUCUAUUCUUUACAAAAAGAGAUAGUUUAACAAAACAUGCCUGACAAAAUGAAUUUAGUUGUCGAGUCUGGGGAAAUUUACCCAUCUAAGAUCAUUGCGCUUCUCACUGCUCGUGUUAUCUUCACUCGUAACCAUUGCAUCCUUUUAUUCUAUGUGCAAGUAGAACUAUGCCCAGUCAAUAUUUUUUUGCUAUACUGCCCCGCAAUUACUAGCGCAUUUCUUGCCUGCAGCUUUGACCAAUCAAAGGCCUAGAAUUUUGAUAUGCCAUAUUUAUACUGCUUUGUAAGGGUAUGCAGUCAUUAUUCCAUGAUGUAAUACAUGCCUUUAAUACAGGAAUGGAAUGUUAAUAUGAUUAUAUCAGAAUCGUUCUGCAAAAUCAGAUGUUGCUGCUUUGACCUUUGAAUUUUGCAAGCUACACUUGGGUCCAUCUACAGAUGAUGAGACCAAAAUAGACAUAUUCAUAAUAUGUCCCUGCGGAGUGGGAGAAGUGCGAUGUUCCUUUUGCUGCAGAGAAGAAAUAAUGAAUUGGCCAGUCAUACAGCCCUAAUCGUUAUGAGAGGAGAAGUUGUAUACAAAUUUUUAACAAAGAAACCUUGUUUAUAGAGUCGAUAGUGUUGUUUAUAGAAUCAAGCAUCUUUCAUAGAAUCAAUGAGCAGAUAAGGUGUACCCAUGAGGUACAUGUUCAAGUAUAUUAUGUCUUAAAGAUUAUGAAAGAAAUAUCAGUGUAUGUCACUGGCAUUGGUUAAUUCUUGUGCUUUUCAGUGAAUGUCAUUUUCAGUAAUUUUUUCUCUUCUUUAAUUUUCUGAUAUAUUACUAGUCCAUACAACUCAUUUUUUGCAUGAUAAUGAAUUUAGCAUGACCUGUAGCUAGUUUUUAUCCUAAUAAAAUUCCAUGAUAUGAUCUCAAGAUUAGCUCUAAAAUUGCAAUCAAGUACCUGCUGGUUUUGGGAUACUGUGCUUUAAAAAUAUAUAUUGUUAUCAUUAUUUCUUUCUCUUUUGUUUCUCUUUUAUGUGUAAAGGUAUAUUCUGCAAUUUCUGUGUUAGCUCAAAGCAAACAGCAAAUACUUAUAUGCAUGUAUAUCUGAAUUUAAAUACCAGAGAAAAAGUAAUAUAUAUAUCUUGAAUAGAUACUUAUAUCCAGUUGUUUUAGCUAAAUCUAAUUUGCCUGGUGAGAAAAACAAAUAAGAAAAGAAGAAGAAGAAGAAGAAGAAGAAGAAGAAGAAGAAGAAGAAGAAGAAGAAGAAGAAGAAGAAGAAGAAGAAGAAGAAGGAGAAGAAGAAGUUAUCAUCUGUUCGGGGCAAGAAGGGCUGUCAUGCAGAGUCAGCACCCUUCUGGCUCCAAACAGACUAUAUUAGAAUAGAUGUUCAAUAUACUGUAUUUGAGCUUGAAACAGUUGAAUCCUAAUCCAGAAUGCCUAUUUGUAUUACCAGUACAUAUUUAAUGCAAACACCCAUGAAAUGCCAUUGGCCCUAUGGUUGAUACAUUUUGUUAGGUUUAAGGGUCAGGAUUAGGGUAGGGUUUAGGGUUAGGUUUAGGGUAGCAUUACCUAUAUUAG